AUGUUCGAAUUCACCAAAUUGUUCUCGUUGGAACAUGAUGUUGUGACGAGAAUACCUGCUGAGCAGUUGACACCAGAGGUCAAGGCAAUAUGCCCAGUGCUCACACAACCAAAUGAUAUUAUAAACAAGAGUGGCAGUGUUGGCAUGAUGGACAUUGGCUACGUCGAAGGCACCAGCAACAGUAGUAGUGGCAAUAGCAUUGGCAACAGCAUUGGCAAUAGCAUUGGUAGUAGUAGCAACAGUAUCAGUAUGACAAUGUUGAGUGGUAGUAUAGGUAUUGGUAGUAGUAGUGGUAUAAGUACAAGUAGUAAUAGUAUCGGAAUCAUCAACAACAACAAUAACAAUAAUAAUGAUCAACAAUCGUACUCACUCAAUGAUAUCAAGAAUCAUAACUUCAAAAUGGCUUCGUCAUUGUACACCGAACCACAGAAGCAGCGAUACAAUACACCGCAGGCACCCAUUCGAAUCGCCAACAGCAGCAACAACAACAUGAAACAUCUGUACAACUCACAGGGCAUUGGCGGCAGCUAUCCUAGCUCAUCAUCUCAGAGGUUCCCCGACACACCACCAGUGUCCUCAUACAUCCCAUCCAGCACACUACAGCACUCUGCCGACACCAAUGACAUGUCCUCGGAGGACCUUCAUCACCAUCAUCAAGUGGCAGGCGUCAAUGUUGAUGAGAAUGAUAUCAAUAGCGUACGCUCAUCAGCUUCAGAAGUCAACAACAGACUAUACGAUGCCUAUCCAAGCAGGAGUGUCGCAGAGAUCAUUGAUCUGCGAAUCAUUGGUAGAGACAACAGUGGCAUCUUCAUUGUUGCAAGGCUUGGCAUGUCAGAAGGUGCGAUCAAGACCUUUGUCGAUCUGAUCGAUAUCUAUGCUACACAGAAAAGGCCAGAGACUAUACUCAAGCUCAGCAAUGGAAGUGGUAGCAUCAUAAGUGCAUGUCUUAGCAAUGACUUUAACAAGUCACUACUGAUAUUCACAGUCAAGUCUCCGUCUCCCGGAGACAGCAAGCAAUAUGUAUACUCAUCACAUAUACAUGAGAUCAACAGGAAGUCAUCAGAGCUUCACAACUUGGAGCUUAGCUCACGUCAUCCAUCAACAUACUACAGCGUGCUUGUAGAGAAGAGCUACUUGCAUCUGCUACUCUUACAGAAUAAUGAGAGCUAUACGGUGAAGCUGCCGAUACAGCGCGACUGCAAUGGUAUCUUUUUGAACGCAAGCCACGGCAAGCAGGUGGGCAAGCGUAACAACAUCUUUAAGAACUUCUACUGGCAUCAGUACGACGAGAACACACAGACACUCUACGCACUCCAGUAUCAGAAGCUCAAGUCACUCAAUGAUCCCUCUGACAACCUGUUCCGCGCGUGGAAUCUGCAGACGGGCAAGGCCGUGCUGCUGCACGACUUCUCGCUGCCACUCUACAUCGCCACCAAGAUCUCGCCUUCCUCUCCCUUCCCCUUUGCCAUCAACAGCCAGCCCGAACAGAUUCAUCAGAACAUCCACAUUGUAAAUUUAAAUGGUACUGGACUAUGCCUGUGCCAUCAAGAGGAGUCAACAAACACAUCGAUCAGGAUCAGUAUAUACUUGUUGCAUUUGAAGCAAUGGAUACGAUAUGCUAUACCGCUCAAUGAUAUAGAGGGAGGAUACUUGUCCAUUCAGGUCACACGAGUGCUGUUUGAUUGUGUUGGCAACCUGCUAAUGGUCUACGUGCCUGGCAAGUUCCUGCAGUUUAUCGAUUGCGCUGAUCACGAGCCAUGCUUUGGCGCCACACUCUACUUUGAUCUCUCGCCACCACCUCGCAUGGACGACACUGCCUCGGACACAUUAUCAAUCCGUGCACGACCCUUCCCCAGGCAUCUAAGCACAUCUAUCGUGCCCUACUACCUCACCAACCAUAAGGAUAGAUCAAAGCCAGAUCAAUACCUCUUUGACUAUUCACGUGGUAUUCUGUACAAGUAUCAGUUCCAUAAGGAGUCUGUGUCGCGACUGUUUGACAAGGACUCGCAGUCAUUGUUUGCACUGGACCCUGGAACGGACAUCAAGGUGCUACAUCUGGCCAACAUUCAUAUGAACGACAGUAGUUUGGUCAAUGACAUUCUAUUAAGGGUUUCCAGUGAGCCUUCACUGAUCACACCAGAACUGUUGCGAGAGUACUUGUUGGGUGCGACAUUCAGGGCACUAAGCGACAUCAAAGUUGAUCCACACCUGCUCCAGAUGCUACCAAUGACCAGCAAUGAGGGACUGGACACAGGAUCGCUGCUGAGGAUCGACGUCGAGUUGACCGCCAUCACAUCGCCACUGCCAAACUCAUUGCUCAGGAGCAGAGACGACAGCAACAAGAGGAGACUAAAGACAUUCCAGUACGUCAAGUCAGAGGUCGUUGUCAAGGACUCUGCCACGCCAAUGGGCUUCAUCAAGAACUUCUUUAGUGAUUUCAGCGGCAAUCGACAGGACACAACAUCACCUUUGUCACCACCUUUAAGGACAUCAUCCUUGCCGCGAGCACUUGUCCAGUUGACCGUGCCAUUGGAGGACUAUGAGGAACACUCGGCUGUGGAGUACAGGUCAUACCCCGUGUGCAUGGCCGACUAUCUGGCGCAGAUCACAUCGACCAAGGAGCCACGCGAGAAACUGAUGGAGCUGGCACUGGCAUUCCGGAAUGCCCAAAUCAACUCGAUCAAUGAUCUCUACUCCACACUACGCACCAACAUAUUGGAUAUGACUGCCAACCAGUAUAUGCUCAUUCACAAGCAUCCCAAGAAGGAUCAGAUGUUCCGCACGAUGGAGAAGCUGUACAUCGCCAUCGAGGAGCUGGGCUGUCCUUUCCCUAAGGACUUCUACUCACACUUUGCCGUCCUUGGCUUCUACUGUCUGCCUCGUCUUGUGUUCCUGCAGUAUGUGCAGCGUGGUGUGUUUGUUGUGACGGCCAACUUCAUCGAUGAGCUGUUCCGCUACCUGAUUAGCUCCAAGAGCAACGACGACUACAACUUUGUCUGCCAGCUCGUGCUGCAACUCAAAGACUCGAGCAAGAUGGUGGACUUUAUGAAGGAGCGCUACGAUAUUGAUCCAACUCAACACAACUUCAUCCUGGAGCAUCUGAUACUCAAGAUGGUCAACAGCAUCGAGGCACCCAAACAAGAGGCCGACGCCAUGGGUCCAGAUCUCUCGCAGUCCCUGUUCAUGCCACUGACACUCUUCCUCAACUAUCUGGAAAAGGGCCUGUCGUCGAUCAGUAGUGUUGUCGGCACACCUGGCAUCAGCUCGCCAACCAGAGGUGGCCAGUUCUCGCCGCCCCUGCCGACCAGCCCUUCACGUCACUCAUUCAUGGCGUCGUCGAUCUCCAACUCCCCAGGUGUCUCAUUCAUCCACUCGCCCUACGUUGAUAAUGGCAACCAGGUCUACGUCAAGCAACAAUGUCAGAGAGCGAUUGAGCAAAUGUUGGACGAGGAGAAGAUCACAGUGGCAUCAGACAACCUAUCAACAUUAGACAUCAACUAG